AUGCCAGCAUCAGGCGAGUUCAAAUUUAACCGCGAAACCCUCGCAAGGCUCGAUUUCAUCGGAUCCUUUCUGUCAAUUUGCUGGUUGAUUCCACUUCUCUUCGCUCUUCAAGAAGGUGGAUCCCAUUACCCUUGGAGCAGUAAAGAGAUCAUAGGCUCCUUGGUCGGUGGUGUCGUCGCUCUCAUGACGUUCAUGGCAUACGAAACCUGGCUCCAGCGACAAAAUAGCACCAGGGAGCCCAUAUUCCCGGUUAGGUUUCUAGGCGAUCCGAUGCAGGGAUUGCUGCUUCUGAGUGUUCUAUUUACCGGUUUUGCGUUUUACACCUCGAUUAUUCUUCUCCCACAAAGAUUCCAAGCUGUCAACGGUGUCAGCGCCUCCCGUGCUGGAGUGCUUCUCCUCACUCUCACGUUGUGUCUUCCGUUCUUCUCCCUCGUGACAGGCAUGAUUCUCAGCAAAAAGUCCGAGAUAACAUUCUUCUUAUAUUCAUUUGGCUCGGCGCUCAUUCUAAUUUCUACUGCAUGUCUGAGUGAUCUGCCGGUGGAGAAAGCAAUGUCCGAUUCUCAGUACGGGUUCCAGGUGCUUAUGGGAGCAGGGCUCGGCGUCAUCUCCACAACUCAAUACAUCGGGCUCAAAAUGGUCUUUUUACCUUCUGAUAUUGGUAUGUUAUAG